AUGAGUGCCAUGUGGCAGUGGUAUAGAAACGUCUGUUCGUGGAAAUCGAGGCGUCCCAACGGUAUGAUGAGUUAUUGCUUGGAGCGAGAAUCGAGGGGUCCUUCGUAUGCCUUUAAAAGAUUGUGGAGGGCUGAAGGAGUGAGCACUUUGAUUUUUCGAAAGAUUUUAGUAGACGAGCAAGGGCGAUUUCUGAGAGAUUUCAAGGACGGCGGAGCGAUUUCCGGCGAGGCUUGA